AUGUCCUCCCAUAAGCCUGUCGCAAAGACUGACCCACAGCCGACCGCUCCAGCCCUCCCUGUGACGCCAUCAGUACUAUUGAAAGCUGAGCCUCAGCUCACCAAAGAGAUGGUCAGCGCAAGUACCAUCUCAAUGGGUUUCAGCUUCUCCAAAGCCGGCAUCUGCUUUAGUCCGCUCGUAGACUUCCCGCCCGACUCAGAUCUCUUGAAUCGUUUUGCACUCACACCUAUUCGGCACACGGAAACCGAGAGCACUAUUUCUUACUCGGCUGAGGCAGCAUCCACUGUGAAGAAAGGCUACGCAAGUGUAGACAUCGAGGCAAGCGUCAAGUCGUGGGGCAUCACCGGGAAGGUGUCUGCCCACUAUGACGAGUCCAGAACACAGCUGUCGUCGUCUUCCGAGCUUUUUAUCACGAACCGACGCGUCUACAAGAAAGUUCACCUCUCGUUACUGAAGCCGACGAGUCUCUCUCUGCUACCGCACUUGGCGAAAAGUCUUGCGGAUAUUAUCAAUAACAACGAAUCAAACCUUAGCAAGGCCCAAGAUAUCGAAGCUAUCCUUGCAUCCGAAGGGCAUGCUGUCAUCAUUGGUGUCGAUCUUGGUGGUUGCAUGGCCAAUGAAGUCACCGAAAAGAGGUCAUCGGCGAAAUCUGCCCACGAGCUCAAAGUCGACGCAGCAGCCUCUUUCAGUAGCACGCUCACCAUAUGUGCAUCAAUGGAUAUCAGUGGAGGUUUAGAAUCUUUGGAUGAAGCUUCCAAGGAGGCCUUCAAGAAGGCCCAAUCCUACCUCUAUCUUGGAGGGACUCAUCAUCUCGACAUCAAGGGAUGGGAAAAGUCCCUAGAAGAAGAGCCAUACACAUGGGUGGCCAUCGGCUACAGAGUCCGCUCGACACUCGACUUCCUCCCCGCCGACCUACGCACAAAGGCCAAGCACAUCCUGGAACGUGCCGUCCUCGAAAGACGCGGCGAGGCCGCCAAGGUCGAGGCGCAGCCCCUCUACAAAAUGUAUCGAAACGACAUGCAAGAUCACUACUACGGGCUAGCGAUCGAGCAAGCGUUCCGCGUCCCGGGUGGAGGGGAGAGCGUCGACGAGGGCGUGCUUUGCAAGGUGUUUGUCGGCCCGCAGGUCGGGACGAUGCCCAUCUGGCGGGCGUGGUCCAAUGAGCACACCGACAACUUUUACACCCUCGACCGCAAGGAGCUCGAGCGGCUCGUCAGAGAAGAGAAAUACAUCGAACAGCUCCUCGUCGGUUUCGCCUAUCCUGAGGCGGUCCCAAACGAGACUAUUCCCAUUUAUUGUGUUCGUCGCAUGUUCGACGGGAUGAAUGGGAAGGAGAGCGAUUGCCUCAUGACUACGAACGUGGAUGAGUACAACAAUUUGAAAGCUGAAGCUGGCUUUGUAGACUACGGAAUUCUUUUUCACGGCAUUCCGAACCCUGAUAGGUUUUGA